CUCCCCAGAGCCUGCCCUGCCAUUCACUGUGUAGGUCCGGCCUUGGUUUAACUUCCCAAAAUGAAACACCUUGUGCUUAUCUGCAUUAAACUCCAUUGCCCAUUCCUCAGCCCAGCUGACCGAGGACCUGCUGUAAUUUUUAAUAAUCACCUUCAUUGUGUAUGGUUACUUGCGUAUGCCCUCGUGUAUAGUUUGAUCUGCGUGACUGGUCAGCAUGCAAGCAAAGCUUUUCACUGUAUGUUCGGUAUACUUAACAAUAAUAAACCAAUAAUAAUUGUGUAAUUCAAAUCAAAAUAGAAAGACAAUUGUGGGUUUAGAGUAAAUAUAUGACUGCCUGGUUAUUGUAUUACAAAAGUAUUUGAUGGUUUGUGAUCCCAGGUGAUAAUUCAGAUAGCCAUACAUCAUGGAAACAGGUUCUUCAGCCCAACCUGUCAUGCUGACCAACAUGUCCCAUCUACACUAGUCCCACCUGCCUGCGUUUGCCCAAUAUCCUUCUAAACCUGUCCUAUCCAUGCACCUGCACAAAGGUGUUUUAAGCGUUGUGAUAGUCCCAGCCUCAACUACCUCCUCUGGCAGCUCGUUCCAUUCACCCACCACCCUUCACCAAAAAAGGUUUCCAUUCAUGUUCCUAUUAAAUCUUUCCCCCUUCACCGUAACAAAUUAUUAUAUGGUACGAAUGUUAAAUUUCCAUGACCUAUUGUCUACUGCGGUUAAUACCUGUGUUGACAUUUUACAGUAUUGUACUCUAGUGAGGCAUGGUUACGCAACGGGUAGAGCUGCUGCCUCACAGCGCCAGAGACCCCGGUUCAAUCCUGACCACGGGUGCUGUCUGUACGGAGUUUGUACGUUCUCCCUGUGACCUGCGUGGGUUUUCUCGGGGUGCUCCGGUUUCCUCCCAAACUCCAAAGAUGUGCAGCAAACCCAUGGUUACAAUCCUGAAAACUACGGAGAUGAAGUGACCUGUGGACCUUAAACAAAUGAAAAUCAAAGAGUAGUAAAAGAAAAUAAUCUAGGAGCAGUUGUGAGGUAGCGACGAUGGAUCAAGAGGAGGACCAGAUGAAACUUGCCCCCAACCCCAAAAGGCAAAGCAUUACCAUCAUUUCAGGAGGUGAAGCGAACGAUAGCAGCAAGCUUAGUGUUCGCGCUAUGUUUGGGAGAAGUGCUUCACUUGCACAGUCCUCAACAGACGAUGAUUCCUUUGGCACGUUGCGCCUGGUGUCGGGGAGGAGUACCUCCCUGGUCCCGGGCAUCAUCGACCGUGUGGAGGAAGGUCAGGGUGCCGGAACCAGUGGUUCCUCUAUCUCCCAGCUUGUAGUCGAUGGUGUCACUAGUAAAUCGCAGCUGGAAUCAAGGGAAAGCGCUUCCUCUGCUCUUGGCGUGAGCGAGAAUGAGUCGUUUGAAGAGUCGAACAACCAAUUGCAGUUCCCGCUCCAGUCCACGCGGAGCGCCUCCCUGGUGACCAGCUUCAUCCGCCGCCCCGGGUCUGGCGUCCCAACGGCCGCCUUGCUGGGCAUAAAACGCAGCACCUCUCUCGUCCCUGGGAUCAUUGACCGGCUGAAUGUGGACAGCGCCGGCAAUCUGCUCGUGCCGUCAAGGAGCUCCACUGGGCCUGGACGUGCAGGGGCAGCAGAUGCAACCAGGUUUCACAAAUCCUGGACUGACUUCGGGGCACGCAAGGCCCAGAGCAGUGAGUCCAAGUCCAACAAGGAGGGACAAAGCUCUUCGUACAAGCCCACCUCAGAUGGGGCAGAGCAAGAUCCAAAAGAUGGCCGCAAUUUGAGGCAAUCUGCAAAGAGACCCUUUCCUUCAGGAUCUGCAGAAGAUCGGCAGAAAACUGGAGAGAGAAAGAGUUCCAUUUCAACCAGUGGACCCAAUGUUCAGAGCAUUGGGAGCAUAGGUAGAAAGGGUUCCAUAGACACCUCAGGGCAUGCUUAUGUUCACCGCAUUGUCAAACCUCCAAGGUCCAGAUCUUCCUUCAGUGUACACGACCCAUCGGAACCAUUGAAAUCCAAGCUGGAAGUGAAGAGGGCUUCAUUCCAGACCUCUCUCAUUGAAGGCUUUGCCGUGAGAGACAUGAACUUGGAUGAACAAGAAGAUGGAGCAAAGAACCUUUGGAAGCGAAUGUUUGGGCGCAAGGUGGCCAGGCGAGUGUUGUUCCUCCAGGAGCAGAGGACCAUAUUCAUGCAGAAACACAAACGCGAGAAGGCAAACCUGGAGAAGAAGAUCCCGAUGGAUCUGUUGACCAAGGAGUGGUUCGACGAGAACAAAACCACAGUGCAGACGCGCAUUUACCUUCUGGAGAAGCUCUUGCCCACGCUCAUCCUGGGCCUGGAGAAUCUGCUGACGGAGGUUGAGAAGAAAAACCUAAACGUCCUGGACAAAGCCCAUCCUUACUUCAACCCCAUCAAUUUCCUGGCCCAGUUCCUAAUGCGCCACAACCCCAAAUACUACAACCUCCCAGAAGAUGAUGCAUACAUCAUUGGCCUUCAACAUGUUACCCAGGAACUGAAAAACUAUGUGGCUGAUAUUAAAGACAACAGGCAGGAUUUUCUUUUUCCCAUUUAUACUUUGUUCUACAGUGGACCAUCUGAAAGAGUGGACACGGGUGUACUCAAAGAAUGGAGAGUAUUUGUAACUUCAACUAUGAAGCUUUUCUAUCUAAAAUUAGAAACAAAACAGCGGGAUAAGGAGAAACUGGACAAAAUAAAUGCAGCGAAACGGGAACGGAGAAGAGAAAAAUUACGGCUGCAUUACAGAGACUGGAAGCGGAGCACCAACGGCAUUGUGCUGCUUAGUUUGGCUCAGAGCGUUUUGGUUUCCUUCUCGGAGGCAUUUGCUGAUUAUCUUUUUGAAACAUUUGAAGAUGUCAGAUAUGACAGGGAAUUGGAAGAGAUUGACACAAAAGGAAAAAUAUUAAAUGAAGAGGAAUUUGUAGAGUACAUGUACUCGUACGUCAAGGGACUGUCGGACAGCCCCUUUGCGGACUUCCUUGUCUACCUUUCCCACAGCUCGGAUUUCGUCUAUCACAAUGGGCAGCAGGAUUGGUGGAGACAGCGGUUUGCAGAACUCUUCCUGGAAUGUGAUGUCGGAAAGGCCAGUAUUCCCAGGAAAUGUCCACUCGCUUACACUUACAGCACGACAAGUGGGACAGAGUGGAUGUGGAGAGGAUGCGGGCUUUUGAACAGACAAAUGAUUCUCCUGUUGUUUGAGGAAUUCUACGACCAACAAUCGGACGCAAGUAAACUAGAAUUACACAACCCCAGGAAAUGGCCUCUCAUUGAACUCGAUGAAAUGGAGCCAGAGGACUUUAUGGUUGACUUUGGGAAUGAGUACAUCAGUGGGCAGGUGCCGGCCUUGUUCUCCACUGCGCCAGAGAAUGGCCAAGUUGAGGAAGAGGCAGCUGAGGGAACACCACGAUACCAGCAGCUGGGCAGAGAGAGCAAUGUGGCAGUGAGGCCCAUAACUGCACAGGCUUUCAGAACAAGCAUUGGUGACAUUCCGAUUGGGAUACCUUCUCAUAAUUAUAUCCGUGAAGAAGAGGAAGCGAGAUUGUCGAAAUUUCCAGAUCUGACCACCAUCAUCUUGGAUCUGCAGUCUCACAGCCUUGCUCUGCACACGAGUCCCUUCAAGCGAAGGUUCAAGAAUAUUGUGCAGUUUGUGCAACUGAUGGAGGUGUAUGCGGGCAAAUGUACCUCCACCCGGACCAAGGAAAACCUGAUCGAAUUUAUUCGGGCCACGUAUAAGGAAACCAAAGAGGAAAAAUUGGGAAACAUAGCUCAGGCAAACCAGGUAGCUCUGCAAAACACCCACAAGAUAAUCAUGGACGCACUGUUUGAGAAAUGGGACAACGAUGUCUCGGGACACAUUCAGCUCCGAGAGCUCACCGAACUCAUCAGUAAAUACAAGGAUGGAACGGAACGCAACUCCUUAAAGAGAGGUAGGAACACUGACUUGCCAAGUUGGCUUAUUACAUUUAGACAGGUACAUGGACAGGACAGGUUUGGAGGGAUAUGGACCAGGUGCAGGCAGGUGGGACAUUGUUGGCUAGUGUGGGGGAGUUGGGCCGAAGGGCCUGUUUCCACAGUGUAUCACUCGAUGACCUGCGUUUGCCCCACAGCCCAUCACAAGCUGAAGCUCUACCGUAAGUACUACUCGGACAACCCCGCCCUGACCAAGUCAGAGUUCAACGUGUACAUCGAGACGCUGGUGGCUGAGAUCUCGGGCAAGGAGGACGACUUUGAGAACCUGGUCACGUUCCUGACGGCCAGAAGUGAACAGAACUGCCUGGAGAGAGCACGUCACAGAGCCAGACGCAAAUGGUUUUACGACAUCAAACGGGCCGCAGCCACCUCCAGCUCCAGCAUGGAACCCGUUUAUAAAGUUGUCUUUCAAUCUCUUUACAAGGACACGGAGGCGCACGGUGACAACAAGAGAAUCAGCUCGUCCAUUGCCCUGCUGAGGCACAAUUACCACAGGCCAGACAGGGGUGAGGUCUUCCUACACUAUGUGGCUUGCACAGUGGAAGAUGCACCUUAUGUACUCAACCAGGCACUGUACAGAGACAUGGGCGUAAGUUUUGCGGUGGUGGACGAGGGGAGGCCGCUGCAUAUCUACAGGGUGCAGGAUCACAGCAAUGUCCACUUCUGGAACUGCCACCGGGAGCGGACGGAGGGGUCGUUCCUGGUCAUCCCCAUCAAGGACCACUACAAUCGAGUCUUCGGGGUGAUGGGGAUCGACACGCUGAGGGACAAGUGCGGCAAAGUGUUCACCGCUCACGAGAUCAACUUUUAUCCGGGCAUCGCAAAGGCGUUCAGCAUCGCCUACCACCAUGUCCGUCUCCAGAGCAGCAUCCUGCGGGCAGUGGACAGCGCCAUGAUGUGGCUGCUCAACAUCAGCCCCAGCAUCCAGACCGGCAUCACGUAUCUCGUGGAACCCACCACCACCAAGGAAUAUGUUUUAUGCAAGACGAUGACCUCUGAAAACGACCCCAUUGAGCAAUGGUCCGAUGUUCACUCUCCCCCGAUGAUUCUCAACAGAAAGGACAACUACUUCAGAAACUACCUCUUCAGAUGUGCUGACACCUCGGAAGUAGUCUUCUCAUCGACGUAUAAAGGGAAGAGGGUGUGUGUGCCUCUGCGCGGCAGAGAUGGGAUAACGAUGGCCAUCCUUGACAUUGACCUUGGGACUGAGCACGAAAUUGUGGCUCACGAGUACAGGAGCAUGCUGAAGAUGCUGGACAUCCUCACCAAGACCUGCUCCAUCAUCGUGCAGGGAGCUACUGACCCAGAAGGCAGUUUGGACAUUGAUUUUGAUAAUGAGUAUGAAGGUCGAGAGAAGGUGUUGUUCCAUGAGCUAAUGUUGAAGGAAUUGAUUGAAAAUAUCAGGAAACUGAAUGAACAGGAUGUAGUAGAUGUCAUGAAGUCAAGUGACCCUCCACUGAUGGUCCAUAAGGUUUUCAAAAUAGUGUUCCAUCUCAUGAAACCAAACGUCACUGUGGAAGGCCUCGCAUGGAACCAGUUGCAGGAGCAGCUCAAUUAUGAUUUGAUUCAACAAAUCUGUGACUUUAAUCCCAUCACCACGAUCUCUAAGAUGACAACAUACCUUCUCCAACAGUACUUUAAAGAUGUCCGACCUGAUGAAGUGUGGAACUAUGGCUGCCAUAUUGUGUACUAUCUCUAUAACUGGUCGUACCUCUGCUUCACACUGAUGGAGAUGAAAUCCAACCUAAGACACUUCUACCGACCGCCCUCUGUGUGCCACUUGGCUUCAUCUGUGGAGAAAGGUUCUGAUGACUCACUGUCUGGGAGGAAACCUAUUCUCAGUGAAAGAACCCAAAAGCAUGCAGCUGCAUUUAGUAUUUAAAUAAAUGCCUGCUUGUUUCAUUCAUGAUAUCUGUAAGCGCUCACUGAAAACUAUGUUGUGUGUCGUGCAAUGAAUACUGACAUGUCAAUGAUCCAAACUUUCUCGGAAAAAGCUAUCCUUGAACCCGGGGGUCAUGAUUUUAAGACUCCUGUACCUCAGUCAUGAUGGUAGCAUCGAGAUGAGAGCGUGGCCAGGGUGGUGGGUGUCUCUGGUGAUGCUGGCUGCCUUUUUGAGGCAGCGCUUCCUGUAGAUCCCUUCGAUGGUAGGGAGGUCAGUACCUGUGAUGGACCUUCGAUGGUGGGGAGGGUCAGUGAUCUGUGAUCUCCUUUGUUCCUGGGCACUUGAGUUGCUGAUCUACCAGUCAAUAUGCUCUCCACUGUACACCUGCCGAGGUUCAAUGAAGUAUUCGGCAGCUUUCUAAAUCUCCUCAAACAUCGGGUAGAGCUCUGCCUCACAGCGCCAGAGACCUGGGUUUGAUCCUGACUACGGGUGCUGUCUGUAUGGAGUUUGUACGUUCUCCCUGUGAAUGCGUGGGUUUUCUCCGGGUGCUCCGGUUUCCUUGAACACUUCAAAGACGUACAGGUUUGUUGGUUAAUUGCCUUCUGUAAAUUGUAAAUUGUCCUGGGUGUGUAGGAUAGUGCUGGUGGAUGGGAAUCGCUGGUCGAUGCGGACUCUGUGGGCUGAAGGGUCUGUUUCCACGCUGUAUCUCUGAAGUCUAAAGUAGAGAGGGAGAUGGGCCUGCAAGCAGCAGAAUCCUAUAAUCUCCUUAUUUCUAUCUUGUUUAGUUUAUUGUCACAUGUACCGAGGUACAGUGAAAAGCUUUUGUUGAAUGCUAACCAGUCGAUGGAAAGACAAUACAUGAUUACAAUCGAGCCGUCCACCGUGUACAGAUACAUGAUGAAGGGAAUAACGUUUAGUACAAGGUAAAGUCCGAUUUAAGAUAGUCCUAGGGUCUCCAAAGAGGUAGAUAGCAGCUCAGGACUGCUCUCGAGUUGCUGGUAGAAUGGUUCAGUUGUCCGAUAAGCCUGAUCAGGUACAGCAACCAAGGUACUGGGAGAAUUACCACUAUCCUUCUAUUCGCCUUAUAUCCAUCAGAUAUCUAAUUCUCAUAUAUCCACCUGGAAAAGCAAAUAGGAUCUCAGUUUAAUGUCUUAUCCAAAAUAAUGGCAUCUUCAUCAGUGUUAGUCUUUCAAUGAUGCACGGAUUUGUUUGCCUAGAUAUUGAGCAUUGGACGAAUGUAUGACCUUUCUAUCAGGUGUAGGAAGUGAGUAUCAGAAGCCAGUGGUGUACAAGUCAGCACAGAAAUAGCAACUAGAAAAUGGCAGCUUUGCAGCCAUGUCAUCAGUGUCCUGAAAUUUAAUUUUGGAGGGAUAAAUAAAUCCUUCCACUCAGGGCAGCUGCCACAGUGGUGCAGCGGGUAGAGCUGCUGCCUCACAGCUCCGGAGACCCGGGUUCCAUCCUGACCUCGGGUGCUGUCAGUGUGGAGUUUGCACGUUCUCCCUGUGACCGCGUUGGGUUUCCUCCGGGUGCUCCGGUUUCCUCCCACAUCCCAAAGACGUGCGGGUUUGUAGGUUAAUUGUCCCUCUGUAAAUUACCCCUCGUCUGUAGGGAGUGGGUGAACAUAGAAGUCGUGUGGAGCCAAAGAACUGCAGAUGCUGGUUUAUACCAAAGAUAGACACAAAGUGCUGGAGUAACUCGGUGGAUCAGGCAGCAUCUCUGGAGAAAAAGGAUGGGUGAUGUUUCGGG